AGAGUAACAGUAACAGUGACAGUGCAUUAAAAUUUGCAACCCCAAAAGAGAGCGAAAAGCACGCGCCAAUGCAAAGCGAGCCAGCGUCGAAUGGAGAAUAUUUCCCAUUUUUCAGUGUCAUUUGACAGAAAAAUCGAUUCGUUUUCACACUGGGCCAUUCUGGGCAGGCAGGCAGUUGGAUAGAAAUCAGAGUACAAACCAGCCGAGCAGCGCGACCGAGAUGACCCACUUUUCGGUUUUCGCAUUCAAAUCCAACUGCUGUACAAAAUAAAAAUUUCAAUUUUUUUCUACGAUUAGCAUUUAGUUGAAAAAACGCGUUGUAUAUUAUGUAAAAACGUAUCAAUACCGUUUAACUAGUGUAAACUCUAUGCAUUUAUGUAAAUUCUCUAACGCUAACGUGGAUGUGGAAAAAGGCGACUUGAAAAUUCAUCAGUCCCAGCACCAAUCAAGAAGCAGCACCAAAAAGUCGUCAGUGCAGUCGGGGCAGCCACAGCAUGCCGUACGAGUCGAUGCACCAUCAUCAGUCGGCGGCCGCUGCCGUGGCCGCCGGCGUAGCGCCAAAUAGCAUGCUGGAUGCGCUCAGUUUGCAGCUGCGCGAUGCGGAAAUGCGACGCACCGAGAUCGAGCGGGCGCAUCAGGAAACUCUCGCCCAAAUCCGCAAUCUAAGUGGCAGCGCUCGUCCCGACACCGAGGCCGUUGAGAAUCUGCAGUCACGUGCCCGUGAGCUGGAAAAGAAGGUGGCGCUGGAGAACGUGCACUGCGAGGAGCUGCAAAUUGAGCUGACCGCUGCGCUCAAGGCCAAGGCUCAACGGCCCACUCACCAGCAUCCUUCGACAUCGAUCUCUGCCUCAACAUCGACGGCAUAUGGCGCAUCCGCAAAUAUUCCAACAUCGGCCAGCAGCUCCACCGUCACUUGGGCACCGACAAUCAGUCAACAGGACCAAGGCACCGAGAUUGAUAUAAUAAUGGCCAAGAUCGAGCAGGAUAAUCGCGUAUUGGCCGAGCUGGAACAGCCGCGAACUUCUGCCAGCGCCAGCAUGUCAGCCUUGCCACCCAGUUGCAUGAUGAACGCGGGAAAUAGCGAAUUUAGAACCAUAUCAAAGAGUGAACUCGAAGAAGAACUGAAUCGAUAUAAACGAGCCGUAUUGGGCGGCGCCUCGGGCGGCGGUAUAUCUGCUAUGUCGUCCGGCUACUCGAGCCUGCCGCAAUCGCUGGCCUCAACGAUGGCGAAUGGGGCCACAAAUAGCUUGAGUGGCACCAGCGUUGGCUCGCAGAGCAUGGCUGCCGCUGGCGCAGCCGGUGGCGGUCUUACAUCCAUAUCGGCCCAUAUGGUGCCCAACUCAAUCAGUGGCAUAUCCUCGAGUCUGAGCAGCCAUGCCAUACAAUCACUGAACGCGUCUGCCUACGGGGCUGGUCAGAGCUCCGUUGAAAAGCUGCUGAGUGGAACUAGUGGAAUAUCUGGCAUUCCACCAUUGCCGGUAAAUAUUCACACGAUGAAGGCUAUGCCAACGGCAUUAAGUCAGAAGCGCGGAACAAUACAACUGUACAAUUUACAGAGCACAACUAUGCCCCUCCUGUCACUCAACUCGCAUAAUCUGCCGCCCGGCGGCUCUACGAGCUACUCGGCUCUGGGCCUGAGCGGCGGCAGCGGCGUUGUCGGCACCUCGUUGACCCAUCCCACCAUGAGCAACAUCAACAUGCUCGACACAAGCGCCCUGCUUGGCCUGGGACCAGUCGGUAGUGGCAUAACCGGCGCCACUUCGCUAUAUGGCCUCAGUGCUGGUGCCGGCGGCGCUUUGGGCAGCUCCUAUGGGCCACCAUUUAUGGAUGCCGCCUCGAGCGCCUCGUAUCCGUUCACAUCGGCGGCGUUGCGCCAGGCGUCGAAGAUGAAAAUGCUGGACGAGAUCGAUAUACCGCUGACGCGUUAUGGUAAUCGCAGCUCGCCGUGCUCACCCAUUCCCAUGCCGCACAGCAGCUGGGGCCUGGACGAGUUCACCGAUGGCCUCAGCGCUUCCAUUAUGCACAAUCGCAGUGGGCUGGCGCUGGGCGCCCUCGAUCUCGACACUCGAAACCACGCAAUGAACGGCGCCAGUGAACCGCAAGUGGAUAUGUUGGACAUACCGGGCAAGGGACGCUGCUGUGUCUUUAUAGCCCGAUUUCCCUACGAUCCGCCAGAAGAGGCCGAGGGCGAGCUAUCGCUAUGCGCCGGUGACUAUUUGCUGGUGUGGACCAGCGGCGAACCGCAGGGUGGCUAUCUGGAUGCGGAACUACUGGAUGGACGACGCGGCCUAGUGCCCGCCUCGUUUGUGCAGCGACUUGUGGGCGACGAUUUGCUGGAGUUCCAUCAGGCGGUGCUAUCGACGCUACGCGACGCCGAAGAUGGCUCCAUGCAGUGCGACACAACGUCGCUGCCUUCCUUGCCGCCGCACAACCCAUUGCUCACACACACGCACGAGGAUCUGGCACGUUUGAGUGAGACGCACACCGAUUUGGAGCACGACCAGGAUGACAUUAGCGAUAAUGUUCCAGCUCCGAAGCACUUGACGCUGGAACGGCAGCUGAAUAAGAGCGUGCUCAUUGGCUGGUCACCACCGGAGCCGGUGGGCUACAAUUUGAUCGACAGCUAUCACGUCUAUGUCGAUGGUGUGCUCAAGGUUACGGUGAAGGCCAACGAACGCACACGCGCUCUAAUCGAGGGCGUUGACUCCACGCGGCCGCAUCGCAUUAGCGUGCGGAGCGUUACGCAAAACCGUCAGACGUCCAGGGACGCCGCCUGCACAAUGAUCAUUGGGCGAGAUACUUCGCAUUUGGGCCCCUCGGCGGUGCGCGCCUCGCACAUAACGUGUUCCUCGGCGGUUAUCUCGUGGCUGCCGGCCAAUUCCAACCACCAGCAUGUGGUGUGUGUGAACAAUGUGGAGGUGCGCACCGUCAAGCCGGGCAUGUAUAGGCACACAAUAACGGGUCUAGCGCCCAGCACCCAAUACCGGGUGACUGUGCGUGCCAAGCAUUUGCGUGCCGUUGGCCAGCAUACGCAACAGACACCGGGCAGACCUGGGCAGGAGGAGGCACCCGGUGCGUAUGCCGAUUUUCGCACACUGACCAAAGGUCUGCCCGAUCCGCCGCAAGAUAUCCAACUUGAGGCUGGCCCUCAGGAUGGUACCAUUCUGGUGACAUGGCAGCCGGUUAACAGACCCACGUCCACGGGGCCUGUAACCGGCUAUGCUGUGUAUGCCGAUGGUAAAAAGGUGACGGACAUCAAUUCACCAACGGGCGAUCACGCACUCAUCGACAUCGGCAAGCUGGGCGUCUUCAAUCCCCGUGCCGUUACCAUACGCACCAAAUCUCGCGAUUCACAGUCGGCGGACAGUGCGCCCAUUUUGAUACCAAACACCGUGCGCAACGCUGUCGCUCGCCGGGGACCAAAUCAAAUGGGCAUGGGUCCGCAGCUGCCGCAGCAUGGCAUGUCCACGCAGCAGCAGCAGCAGAUGGGCAUGCCUGGGCAGCCGGGUCAGAUGCAGUCGAAUAUGAUGGGCGGCCAGCAGGAUCACACGCAAUAUGAUCCCAAUCAGAUGCAGCAGCAACAGCAGCAGCAGCAAGGAUUACAACCCGGCCAGCAGACGGGGCAGACCCAGCCGGGUCAUCAGCCCGACGGAAGCUCCGGCUUGUUAGGUGGCCUGCUCGGUGGCCUCUUCUCGAAACCCACACAGACUCAAGUGAACCAGAAUGGCUAUCAGCCGGGCGCCACGCAGCGCGGCAUGGUGCCAGGACGACCCCAGGGACCACAACAGCUGCAGCAGCAACAGCCGUUCGGGGCUCAGAACCCAAUGGGCGGACCUCGUUUUCGAGGACCGGUGCCGGGACAGACUGCCAUGCAGAACCAGAUGACUGGUCAAAUGCAGGGUCAGAUGCCAGGACAAAUGCCGGGUCAGAUGCAGGGACAGAUGCAGGGUCAGAUGCCCGGUCAAAUGCCCGGUCAAAUGCCAGGUCAAAUGCCCGGGCAGAUGCCUGGUCAAAUGCCUGGCCAAAUGACCGGGCAGAUGCCUGGUCAAAUGCCCGGUCAAAUACAGGGUCAAAUGAUGGGUCAGGUGCCAGGCCCCAUGGGCCCACGCGGCCCCCUCACCCAACAGCAACAGCAGCAACAGCAACAACAGCAACAAGGCCAAAUGAUGGCUGGCCAACAAACGGCUCAACAGCAGCAGCUAGCGCAGAAGAAGCCCCGCUACUUUGUGGCAAUGUUCGACUACGAUCCAUCCACAAUGAGUCCCAAUCCGGAUGGAUGCGACGAAGAACUGCCAUUCCAAGAGGGUGAUACGAUCAAGAUCUAUGGUGAUAAGGACGCCGAUGGCUUCUACUGGGGCGAGCUGCGUGGCCGUCGUGGCUAUGUGCCGCACAACAUGGUCAGCGAGGUGGAGGACACCACCGCCCAAAUCACUGGCGGACAAAUGCAAAUGGGUGGCGCCAUGCAGCCGACAAAUGCGCCCGGUACCGCACAAGUAAUGUCCGGCCAGACAGUUCCACAGCAGAGCAUGCGCAAUGUGAGCCGCGAUCGUUGGGGCGACAUCUAUGCGAAUAUGCCGGUGAAGCGGAUGAUAGCCCUCUAUGACUAUGAUCCUCAAGAAUUGAGUCCGAAUGUGGAUGCCGAGCAAGUGGAAUUAUGUUUUAAGACGGGUGAAAUCAUACUCGUUUAUGGUGAUAUGGAUGAAGAUGGUUUCUACAUGGGCGAACUGGAUGGUGUUAGGGGCUUGGUGCCGUCAAACUUUCUGGCUGACGCGCCCGACCAAUACAACAAUCAAAUGGGACCUGGCGGCGUCGCUGGGCGUGGCAGCUUAAGUCAGCGGGGCAGGGGCCAGGGGCCGGGCGCAAGGGGACCACCGCCGCCGCCUCGAGAUAACAUGAUGCCCGGCGUGGCUGGGCAACGUGGUCCACAAGGCAAAAAUGCUCGCCCUGCUUCCCCUACACUGUUAGACAACACGGGCCACCCUGCCCCCGAUCACCAAACGCAGAUGAUCGGUCGCGUUGGUAAUGUUGGCAUGCAGCAGCAGCAGCAACUCCAGCAGCAACAGCAACCGUAUGGUCAGCAACAGACGCAAAUGGGACAACAACAACAACAACAGCAGCAGCAGCAACAACAUCAGCAACAACAACAACAAAUGGGCAUGGGACAAACUGGAAUGAUGGGCAUGGGCCAACAGCCGAUGGGCCAACAGCAGAUGGGCCAACAACAAAUGGGUCAACAGCAGAUGGGUCAACAGAUGGGUCAGCCAAUGGGCGGCAUGGGACAAAUGGGCAUGGGUCAAAUGGGUCAACAGCAGCAGCAACAGCAGGUGCCUGUGACGACGCAGGCGCCCACGGGCGGACUCUUCUCCGGCGCGACUAGCCUGCUUUCUGGUGCUACUUCGGCUGCCACCGGUGGUCUAUUUGGUUCAAAGCAACCGCCCAAAACGGAUCCAAUGCAACCACCUGGCGGUGUGCAGCCAACGCAGCAACAAGCAAACGCCUUCGGUGCUCAGCAAAUGCAGCAGCCCGGCAUGCAGCAGCAGCAGCCGGGUAUGCAACAGCAGGGCAUGCAACAACCUGGCAUGCAACAGCCGGGAAUGCAACAGCCGGGCAUGCAACAGCCGGGCAUGCAACAACAACAAGUGCCACCCCAAGCUCAGCCGCCGCCACAGGGGCCGGGCGCCGGACUGCUCGGGGGCCUCAAGGGCAUUGCAGCGGCGGCGCCCGGCGGCGAUGUACUCUCGAAAGGCAAAGAUCUCUUUGGCAAAUUUGGGUUUGGCUUUGGCAAAUAACCCUGGUCAUUCCAUAGGGUCCUGUUAUAUUAUUCGUAGAUUAGACCUAUUAUUAUGAUUAUGAUUAUUGCUAUUAAUUAUGAUUACUAAGCUAAUAUAUACGUAUACACAAUUAUACAAAGAUAAAGUUAAAAGCAAAUGCGAAACCUAAAGAAUAACAAAGGAAGAAUCCAAGAAUCCCCAGUUAUCUGUGGGCCUAUGUGAAUGAUGUUGUAAUGUUGAUAUGAUGAAUGCAACUAAUAGUACUAAUGAUAAUAUUUUUUAUUAAUACAAUUGAUAGAAAUAUUGAUAAUACUAAAUGCUAAACACACUGACACAAAACCACAAACAACAUCACUACAAACUGAAAGCAAACA